UUAUGUGGAUGAUUUCGUUGGUAUGGUUACAUAUAUUCCUUGAAAUUGAAACAUGUUAUCAUGCCAUUCAUGUGUACACAAAGACCUACAGGGUAAAACCUUCCAUAACAAUAGUAUCCUUGUCACACAAAGAUUCACGCGUUACAUUCGGAGCCAGCCAGAUAGCCCUUGUAGAAUGCGGUUGACCGAGGUUAUGUUGAGCUGCUAAAAUGUGACGGACAAGCGGACAGGCACUAAGAUUUCCGUCGCGUGCUCAGGCAGACUCUGAAUCGCGCAGCUCCAUGAUCUGUGUCUGAGGGCUGAGGCCAUUUCAGAACGUGCGUUCGUGUUGCUGCCACGGGCACGGCUCUGAAUCGAUGAACGAAUUCAGCCCAAUCAUUGGGUUGACUCCGACCUUGUGGUGACAAGCAAGAUAUGAGCACCGCCGCCGAACCAUAUAUACCUGUACGUGAACAGCGGACGGAUCCGCGCGGAAAAGAGAAGCCGGCCCGUGCCCAUGCCAUUUCCGUCGUCAUUUGGUCAAGGCGUGUACUAGCUGUACUCUCUUCGUUUUUUAGAUAACUGAUUGAAGAGAACGUUCCGGCUUCAUCCUUGCAUGCCCUGUGGCUGAUAUGUGUGAAUCCAUGCAUAUCUGCAUGUGCUAGUACGGGCACCACUUAGUACUUAGAAAGUUAGAAGAGACACGGAGACGCAGUGUUUGUGCUAAUCAAGCUAACGCGUGCGUCAUCUAAUAAAAAAAAAGAAUUAAACAACGAAGAAAGAAAGAAAAGAAAAGCAACGCGUGCGCCCCAUAACGGGGGACGGCAUCACGUACACACCACAGCGACGCCGCCUAACUAGAUACACACAGCCACAGGCAGGCAGUUGCUGCGUACAACUUGCGCAAGUGCAUGGAGAUCAGUUCCAUGGUCGAAAUCAAGCUUCCGUGGCUGAGCAAUGAGAGCAAAGAUUAGAGAUGUGCAUCGGGACGGACAGGGAGGUAGUCCAUGCGUGUGCACAAGGCGCAGUUCACACACGCUGCCAAUUGUUUCCAGCGUGCAAGUUCUCCGAUCCCUCGGCUAUAAAAGGGCGUGACAGUUGAGGGCCUGAGGGGGUAGGGUGAGGUGAGCUGCGUGCGGCCGGUGUGAGAGGGGACGGGAGCUCAGCUAAGCUUAGAGGAGGCUAGUCGUCUUGGUUUUGCAAUGGGUGCCAAGAACUGUAGUCCUUGGCGUCUCUUCCUCCUCCUCGUCGUUGUCCUGCUGGUGGCAGCCGCUGGCUCGGCAGCAGCGGAGGCGGCGUUCGACAAGAACUAUGAGGUGCAGUGGGGUGCAGAUGGCUAUCACCUCGUCAACAGGGGCACGGAGGCUAACAUCACCAUGGAUCAGAGCUCUGGUGCAGGGUUCCGGUCCAAGUCCAUGUACGGCUCAGGGUUCUUCCACAUGAGGAUGAAGCUGCCCUCCGGCUACACGGCCGGCGUCGUCACAACCUUCUAUCUUAUUUCGCAGCCGGAAGAUGGCAGCCGCGACGAGGUGGACUUCGAGUUCCUUGGCGACAAGGCCGGCGUGCCAAUCACCCUCCAGACCAACGUCUUCGUCAACGGCCGCGGCGACAGGGAGCAGCGGAUGCACCUCUGGUUCGACCCCGCCGCCGACUUCCAUGACUACAAGAUCCUCUGGAAUCCCUACCAGCUCGUGAUGUUCGUGGACGACACGCCGAUCCGGGUCCUGAGGAACCUGACGGCCACCGUGCCGGGGUACCCGUUCCCGGCGAAGCAGACGAUGCUGAUCCGCGCGAGCAUGUGGGACGGCUCCGGCUGGGCGACGGACGGCGGGCGGACCAAGGUGGACUGGUCCAAGGGGCCCUUCACGGCCGGGUACCGGGGCUUCGACGUCAGCGGAUGCGCCAACGGCAGCGCGACGCCGUGCAGCUCGCCGGACCUGUGGUGGAACGGCGGCGAGUACCGGAACAUCACUGCGGAGCAGCGGGCGGCGUACGAGCGCGUGAAGAAGGAGUACAUGUACUACGACUACUGCGCCGAUAAUGGCCGGUUCAACAACAGUGUGCCGAUCGAGUGCAACUACAGUCUACACUUAAGAAGCUAGCUGUGCCUUUGGAUGGGUCAAAUCUCCUUAUAGGUUUAUAAGUACCAAAGAUAUGAGUGUGGUUAUUUGCUGAAAUAAGUGUGUUUACGUAACUAACCGUGACUAUUCGUGGAAAGGCUAUUGCUAAUAAUUGUACUAGCUUGGAAAAUGAAAAUUAUGCACAUGAAUCUUGUUUGGAGGUGAGGUCAUGUUGGUGUUUAAA